AUGGCGCGAGAAACCUGUAAUCUCGACAAGGAGGAGGCCGAGAUCCUGAAACCCUCAUCCCCUCCCCCUACUUCUCCCCCUCCUCCGCCGCCCGCUGCUGCUCCCCCGCCGUCGCUCUUCCUCAAGCCCUGCCUUCCCGCGCCGGCCAGGAGGGAGGCCUCGGCGGCGGAUCCUGGCGGCGCCGCCACUUCAAACCCCUCGAAGCCCUCGCAGGAAGACCAGGAAGCUCCGUCCUCGACUCGGAGGUGCUCGUGCUGCCGGCGGAGGGUGGGGCUGACGGGAUUCCGGUGCCGGUGCGGCGAUCUCUUCUGUUCCCGCCACCGCUACUCCGACGUCCACGACUGCUCCUUCGACUACAAGGCCGCCGGCCGGGAAGAGAUCUCCAAGGCCAAUCCCCUGAUCAGAGCCGCGAAGAUAAUCAAAAUCUGA